AUGGCAGAUUAUAGGAAAUUGACACCAACAGGGCCGAUGCAACUAACCCCAGAAAUGCAAAGUGCAUUGGAGGUGGUUGAUAAACCAGCAAAGAAGGAAAAGAAACCAAAUCAGAAGAAGGAUGCAGAAAGGCACUCAUCCCAAGCAACCUCGCCCAAAAAGCGCAAGGCAGAAAAAGGACCUUCUUCUGUCCACAAGAAGCGAAAGAUUAAAAAGAUGGCUAAGAAACCGAAGCCUACCUCAUCUAGUCAUUCGGAUUAUGUUUCGUCAGAUCAAGAACAACCAAAGUCCAAUGAAGGCGAAGAUGUUCAUCUUGAAAGCUCACCAAGAGGAAAUACGCCUCCACGUUCUCCAUCUCCUGAGGUACAUUUAAACAACUUUGUUCCAACUCCAACUCCACCUCCUUCUCCAUCUCCUACUACAGUACCUAUUACAAUUACACCUCUUCCCCCACCCGUUACGUCUCAACCUACCACAACUACUACAACCGAACCUCCGGUUGUUCUCAAUGUAUAUGAUACGGGGGCGGCUACUGAAGGUCUCGAAAUCUGUGACACUAGUCAAAUUUUGGUCAAAAAUAAAUUGAUCAAUAAUCAUGAUUUCUAUGAACCAAGUGGUGGAGAUUGUAACAAGAGGGAAACUAUUGAGGUUAUCAGUUAA